CACCCUGGGAGCCAACCAUUAUGCCCCUCUCUUCCUGCAGCCAGCGACCGGGACUCACCGGAGACAGGCGAGGAGAUGGGGCGCGCAGAGGGCGCCUGGCCGCGGGGCCCCGGGCAGGGCGCAGUGCCCCGGGAGGCGGUGGAGCUGGCGGCUCGAGGCCCGGCGGCCUGUGGGGAAGAGGCAGUGGAGCUGGCAGAGGCCCCGGCGGCCGUGGCGGGGGAGGCACGCGGCGGAGGCCGCAAGAAGAAGACGCGCACGGUCUUCUCCCGAAGCCAGGUCUUCCAGCUGGAGUCCACCUUCGACCUGAAGCGCUACCUGAGCAGCGCAGAGCGCGCAGGCCUGGCCGCCUCGCUGCAGCUCACCGAGACGCAGGUGAAGAUCUGGUUCCAGAACCGCCGCAACAAGUGGAAGCGGCAGUUGGCUGCCGAGCUGGAGGCGGCCAGCCUGUCCCCACCGGGCGCGCAGCGUCUGGUCCGUGUGCCCGUGCUCUACCACGAGAGCCCCCCGGCUGCACCGCCUGCACCGCCCGCUGCGCUGCCGUUCCAGCUGGCGACCCCUGCGCCCGCGCCACCCCCGCCGCUGCUCGGCUUCUCCGGGGCACUCGCCUACCCGCUGGCCGCCUUCCCUGCCGCUGCCUCCGUGCCCUUCCUGCGGGCGCAAAUGCCAGGCCUGGUAUGAGCUGUGCGUGUCCCUGCCGGUCGCCGCAGUCCCCGCGGACGCUCGACUGGUGGCGGUGCGCACAGGGAGCGGGGCGGCUCCCUGGGGCUCCUAGGUACCUUGAGGAGGACGCGCGCAGCUCUGGGGAGCCCUCCAGAAUGUACUGGGCGACUGGACUGCAGCUCCCCACCAGCCACAAGGUUGGAGCUCUCGCUGGGAAAAGGGACCCUGCAAGGAUGCUGGCUCUAGGCGCACAGCCCAGGAGCAACUUUGGGCUCCACUGCGAAGGAAGAUGCCUCACGGGCUACCCCAGGGGCUCCGGGUGACUGCCCCACAGUCAUUCUGACCCCAGCACAAAAUAACUCCUUUCCUGGGACUACAGCGGAACGUAGACAGCGACAGCGGCAGGUCACUGGGUGGGCUGUGACCAGCGCCUUCCCUGCCACCGAGGUGGAGGGGGCCCCCAGUGUUGGACCCGGAUCUGGGGAUGGGCCGGCAGGACUGGGGCUUCUGUCCUAGGCUGUAGCCCCGGAUUCUCUGGUGAAGACUUUUUUUUUUUUGCUGAAUAUGCUUAUUUGCGUAUGGAAU